CACCUUCCUAGUUUUAACCCAAAAAAGGAAAACCCCACUCGCAUUCUCACCUCCUUUCUCUCACUCUCUCUCUCUCUCUCUCUCUUCUUUCUCUCAUGGAAACUCACAUCGACAGCUUCUGGAUUUUCGCUCUCCACUCCCAGUACCACGACCUCUCCCUUCCCAACCUCCUCCUCCUCCUCCUCCUCUUCGCCACCACCUGGCUCCUCCGCGCCCUCUCCCGCUGGGCCUACCCCGGGGGCCCCGCCUGGGGCCGACACCGCCACCACUGUCCCGAUAACAGCAGCGACGGCGGCAACCCCAACUCUGUCCCCAUACCUGGCCCACGAGGCCUCCCCGUGCUGGGCAGCAUGCACCUCAUGCACGGCCUUGCCCACCGCAGGCUCGCCGCCGCCGCCGCCCGCCACCGGGCCGGGAGGCUGAUGGCCUUCAGCCUCGGGGAGACGCGGGCCGUUGUCGCCUCCGACCCGGACGUCGCCCGGGAGAUCCUCAACGGCUCCGCCUUCGCGGACCGCCCCAUGAAGGAGUCGGCCUACGGGCUCAUGUUCGACCGGGCCAUGGGGUUCGCCCCCUACGGCCAGUACUGGCAGGUGCUCCGCCGGGUCGCCGCCAGGCACCUCUUCUCCCCGAAGGAGGUGGGCGCGGGCGAGGCACGGCGACGCGCGAUUGCAGAGCAGAUGGUGUCGGCCGUCGUCGACCACGGCGGGGCGAGCUUCCAUGUUCGGGACAUCACGAGCCGGGCGUCGCUGAACAACAUGAUGGGCUCGGUGUUCGGGCGCGAGUACGAGCUGUUGCACGAGAAUGAAGAGACGCGGGAGCUGAGAGCUCUGGUGGAGGAAGGUUACGACUUGCUGGGGAAGUUGAACUGGUCCGACCACCUCCCGUGGCUGGCGGGUCUGGACCCCCAGAGGGUGCGGUUCAGAUGCUCCGAGUUGGUGCCCCGGGUGAACAGGUUCGUGGGCCGGAUCAUCCAGGAACACAAGGGUCGGACCGGUCCGAGGAGCGCCGAUUUUGCCGACGUUUUGCUCUCUCUUGAGGGGCAUGAUAAGUUGUCGGACCACGAUGCGAUCGCUGUUCUUUGGGAAAUGAUAUUCAGAGGAACGGACACGGUGGCGGUUCUCAUCGAGUGGAUCCUAGCUAGGAUGGUGCUGCAUCCUCACAUCCAAUCAAGGGUCCACGAGGAGCUCGACCGCAUCGUCGGUAGAUCGCAACCUUUGAUGGAAUCGGACCUCCAGUCGACGCCAUACCUCUCUGCCGUCGUGAAGGAGACCCUCCGAUUGCACCCACCGGGCCCGCUCCUGUCGUGGGCCCGGCUGGCUGUUGUGGACACGACCGUGGGCGGUUACCACGUGCCCGCGGGCACGACGGCGAUCGUCAACAUGUGGGCCAUCACGCGGGAUCCGAAAGUGUGGGAGGACCCGCUCGAGUUCGCGCCAGAGAGGUUCGUGGGCGGGGACAAUGCCGAGGCGGGGUUCUCGGUCUUCGGAUCAGACAUGCGGCUCGCCCCGUUCGGGUCGGGCAGGAGGGUCUGCCCGGGGAAGGCCUUGGGCUUGACCACGGUGACUUAUUGGGUGGGGCGCCUGCUCCAGGAGUUUGAGUGGGCCCAGGUGGAUCACAGCCCAGUGAAUCUAUCUGAAGUGCUCAGGCUCUCCUGUGAAAUGGUCAACCCGUUGACCGUCAAAGCGAGCCCUAGGCGAUCGUGAAAAUAAUGUCCAUAUUUUCCGGUUGAUGAUACACCAACUACUUCGCGCGCGAGUGUGUUUGUGUAUAUAUAUAUAUAUGUUUGUAUAUCCAACAUCGUAAGUUGGGUAAGGUUGCAAUGUGUUGUGAGAUCACUGAAUAUAUAACAUGUUUAGAAUUA